AUGGGCUACGGCGAUGGCGGCAAAGGAAUGCGCCGAUUCGCUUUCAAGGCCCUUUGUCCCAAUGAGCUGGUCGCCAGAAUCAUGGGCAAGGGUGGCACUCGCAAGGAGCAGCUCCAGAACGAGAUGGGCUGCAAAAUCGUGGUCAGUGGCCGUGACGAGUGCUUCCCUGGCACGCGCUAUCGAGUCUUGCUGAUUUACAGCGACAACCCUGAGGCAUUUCUUGGCGUGAUGCAGCAUGUGAUUGGUGACAUUGUCGAAUGCGGUGCGAAAGAGGCGGUUAGCGCCGAAGCAGACUUCGUGGGAAUGGAUCGCGGCAGCUACAUUGUUCGGUGCGUGGUCACAAAGCAGAUGUCAUCGGCCAUCAUUGGUCCAAAAGGCAGCAAUGCCCGCGCGAUUCGGGAGGAGUCUGGAUCCAAGGUUGUCAUUGAUCCCAACAUAACUGCUGGGCAUCAGACAGUGAAAAUCGUUGGCGAGCCGCAUGGCUUGCAAAUUGCUCUUAGCAGAGUCAACCAAUACGUGCAAGAGCAACAUGGAACUCCCAGCUACGUGGAAUGGGCUACUGUCAAGAGCUUUGAUGGUGCGGGCAACCCAAUUUAUGCAUCUCCUGCGGAGACUGGCAUCAGCUACGCCGGACAUGGUGGUCAUGGCCACGCAAACCACGGCAAAGGAUCUGAAUGGCCAGAUGAGCGCGAGCGAACUCCGAGAGGACCAGGCGCGCCCGCGCAGCGAGCCGGGCCUCGAAGCGUAGUGAACCCGCCGCAGCCCGCGAGCAGCAGUGGCGAUGAGGACUCCGACCUCCUCUCUGCCCUGAGCUCCACCGCGCAGGGCUUUCCACGAGGAACCCUGGAUGCUGAGUACACCAUCACCUGUGAGCUGCCGCGUGAGAAGGUAGGGCUCCUCAUCGGUAAGCGCGGGGAGGAUGUGCAGAGGAUCCGCAAGAAGACUGGGACCUACAUUCACUUCGAUCCUGCACAGGAUGGUAACGAGGGCCAGACCCUGACAAUCAGGGGCCCUCUGCUCAAGAUCUACCAAGCCCAUGCGCUUCUGAUGAAAAGAUACCACGAGACCCAGGUGGAGGAGGCACCGCCAAACGGUGCGAACGGAGACAAGGAUCAGAAAGUGCAGGCGCUUGAGGAGCAGUUGCAAGCGUUGCAGCGGCAGAUGGCAGAAGUCAAACAAAUGCAGCAGAGCAACGUGAACGCUCCACCGCCCGCUAUUUCCGGAAAAGGGAAAGGGACUGGCAAGGGUGCAAGAAAAGGCUGGUAG